UACAAAAUAAUCAUAUGACAUUACUUUCAUCCUAUACAUUAUUUAACAAAAUGACCAAACUACCCUGCUACCAAAUUGUAAUGUCCUUGCUUGCAACAUUUUUCACAACAAUGCCCUUCAUGUUUUUUUUCUCUGUGUUAUUUUGGUAACAACAUAUUUUUGUUGAGUUCUGAUUUUUUUUCCAUGAAGUUGACAAAUUAGGGCACAUAUACAUUCAAAAAAGUACAUAAAGUGGUGCACGACAGAUAUCUUGUAGAAGUUCAAAAAUUUUACUAAAAAAAAUUAUUGCUUUUGUUUUCAUAUAUCCUGCUUUUUCAUCUGCUAUCACCUGUCUUCUUUCUUUUAUCUAUAAGAAACCACACCAUGUUGCCUCACCUCAAAGGUGUCUCUCUUUUCACUCUUCUUGGUAGCCUCCAUAGCUCAUUUUAGCCCUCCAUGGAAACAGCCUUCGAAAACCAAGGCCUAUUUCAAAGGAUUCAAAUUGUGGUUGUCAAUGAUGAUUCUGUAAGCCUUAAGGUCAUUACGAGGAUACUUUCUACUUUCUAGUGUGAAGGUACAUUUUGUUUCUCAAGAUAUGAUGUUGUUUUCUUUUGGUUGACAUUAAGGUGAUAUGUUGUUAAGCUUCAUAUAUAAACUAAAUCAUUGAUUCUUAACUAUGCGAGCAUGUGGGUGGGGAUCGUUCCUGUCAUAAUGUUUGUUGUUAUGAUUUUGUAUUAUAUUUCUUCCUUUUAUUUUUCUUUCCGAUAUUUAUUCUCUUACUCUCUUACUGUUUGGAUGUUUUAUAUGUUUCUUGUUUUGUUUCUUUUUUUUCUUCUUAAUUUGGGAGCAGGGGAACUGGGGGAUAAUGAUGGGAGAAUUAAACAACCUAGUCAAAAACAUGGAAUUUUUGUUUUUGGUGAUUGAGGUAAGUUGCAACUUCUGGGGUUUUGCCCAUUUUCUAUUUCCUUUUCCACCAAAAAAAACAUCUAUUCACCCUUUCCCCGUUUUCCCUUCUUCUCAAUGGUAAGCAGAGAAGCCUUUUUCUAUUUAAAAUUUCAUAUGAAGCAAUAUUAAUCGAUCUCCUCAUUUAGCUUCAAAGCCCUUUUUUUGCUCUUUUUACAAGCGUAGCUCGGUUUGCCUGGAGGACUGGGCUACGGCCCAAGUAGAUGCGCGGCGGGUUUGGGUGAGGAAUAGCUCGUCCUAGCCUGGAAAAAGUCUCAUUUGAUUACAAAAUUCUAAGCUUAUAAUUUAUUUUUUGUGCACCAUUUACAUGUAUGACUGCAACGAUGUUCAUCAUAAGUGGCAUCGUAUGCACAUGUGCACGAUGUGACCGUGCAUCCUACAUUGUUUGCACUAUAUGGCCGUGCACGUCACAAAUCAUAACCGCUCGUCCAUAUGAAUCUUAUUCAUCAAACACAUAUCUCGGUGCACCAUUGUUGGAGUUGUGUUUUUAUGAAUCUCAUUCAUCAAGCACAUUUCUCAGUGCUUCACUUUAGAAAUGAUUAGUUGUGGUUGAUGGCAUUGUGGGGUAUAAUUUUUCCUAACCGUAGCCAUCAUCAGCUUCUAUCUUUCACACGAACAAUACCUCAAUUUGUUGGCACAUGAGAUUGAGUCUUAUUUUAGUAACGUUUCUCUCAGUGCAUAUCUCAGUGCAUCGCUUUAGAAAUGAGUCAAAAACAAAACAUUAAUUUGUUGUUACUUGACACUCAGUCUUUGGCCAGUGCGCUUUUAUGUAGCAUUUGUAAUGUCUUUCUCUCUCUCUCUUAUUUUUUAAAGAACUUGGCACAUUUAUAUAGUGUUAGUAACAUCUUUCUCUCAAAAAGCGUGUCACGUUUAGGUAGUGUCAGUAAUGUCUCCCCCUUACCCUCUCUCUCUCUCUCUUUUUGAAGAACUUGACACAUAUGUAGCAAAACGACGGCAUUUCAUACACCUUGCUAGCUACCUGGCCAGAAUUAGCUCGACGAUAAUGAUGAGACUGACCUCAUUCGUUUCUCAAUUAAUUACUUUCUGUUAGUUCUAUCCUUUGACGAUGUAUAUAAAGCCUUGUGCACACUGCGAGAACAGAGGGAAAAAUUUGAUCUCCUUCUACUUGAAAUCUGCUUGAUUGGCUCAAAGAACUUCGAUAUGCUGAAGCAUUUUGUGAAUGAAUUGGACCUACCCAUCAUCACGAUGUGCGCUUACGAUGAUGAUAAAAUUAGACAUGAAUCGCUUCACCAUGGUGCUUGCUUGCACCUAACAAAGCCCAUAACUAUCACCGAUUUUGGGGUUGUUUCUCAGAAGGCAUGGUUUCAGAGGGAACACAAGGAACAGAGAUCUGAGAGCGUGGGGAGCCAACCUAACAUUGAAGAGGUCGGCCAAGCUGGCGCUUCAUGCUCUUUAAAGACACCAAAAGGUGGAAGCUCUGGGAAAAAUGAAUUUAUUCGGAAGAGGCAAGAAGGUGGUGGUUCUGAAAAGCCAAAGCAGGCACGCUUGGAAUGGGAUUUCGAGCUCCACCAAAGGUUUCUGCUUGCUACUGUGCUAGUAGGAGAACGUGCUCCUCCUAGCAGGGUAUAUGAGCUGAUGGGAGUUGAGGGUCUUACCCUGAGUCAAGUUUCAAAUCGCCUUCAGGUCUGAUGUCUGCUCUUUAAAUUUUCUGCAUUAUUUUUUUUUCUUGUUUAUUGUCUAUAUUAUUAUGUUGACCAAUCAUUCAGUGAUGCAGCAUUAAAAUUGCCGAGAAAUAUGGAAAAUAGAUUGUCUAUGGAUAAGAAACUCCUAAAUAAAACCCUACGUUGAGGUCCAUCAACCAAAACUCUAGAUUCAUGUGAGAUGAUAUUAAUUUGUUUCCAAGAAGUAUUAGUUUCUACUGUAUCAAUGCUUAAUGCUUACAGAAUUAUCUGAAUUAUUGCAUAAUGCCAUCGAAAAAUGGAAAGAAGAAAUCUUAUUUAUUACGAGUUUACAAGGAUAUUUCCUACCUUUCUUGUUUGGUAUUCGGGUCAACAUAAUGUAUUUAUGUGCCCCGGACACUAGCUGGUUUCUAGUUUUCUUACCAAGGAAAAACCAUAUCCUACUUGUGUAUGCAAAGGCAUCGAACUCACUUGCGGAGAUUCGAGAGAUCAACCGAGAUUCAUCCACUGCGAGAGAUAAGGCCUAUGCCUUCCUUCACCCAACCAAUCUUUGCUCCCUUCACCGCGACCCCAUAUCCUCCUAUGCAUUCGAGUGGAUGGACUCAACCUGCAGCAAAUUAUUUGAAAUCUUCCACACGAGGAAGUAUGUAUGCAUGCCAAACGACACAAGUUCAGUGGAGUGGAAGUGGGAUGGCUAGCAUCAAUCCAUUGAGCUCUCCAAAUUUUUAUGUUGGGAUGCAUAGUUAUAAUCAAGGAUCUACUUGGGUUGCGAAGCAACAGACUAUGAUGGCUAAUGAUCCUUCCAGAAAUCAACUUCCACAUUACUCCCAUCAUGCAGAGCCAGAAUGGACUUCAUCGGCAAGCACAACUCCUCGCCAAUGCGAUGUUGAACCACCGAGGAGGAAUUUGACGCAAGAGCAGCCCUUCCACGCUGCCAAUGAGCUUGCUGUUCCCGAAGCAUCCUUGGACGUUCAAUUACAUGAGAGUUCAUUGGUAGACAAGAACACUGCUGAUGACAUGGCUGCCAUCGAAAAUUUUCCAAGUACAGCUGAACCACGAAGUGCCAGGGACAUGGCAGACGCAAGUUCACCAGCAGGGGAUGAUAUCGAUGAUAUAUUUGAUGUGAGAAAUUAUGUUUUCGAUGAUGCUUCUAUAGCUAAAAUGUUGGAUGACAUUACUAGAGAAAAUGAUACCACACCAUGACAAUCACGAACUCAUCAUGUAUUCUGAGUAGGGUUGUUCUUAACGAAGUUACAAAUGCAAAUACCUUAUAUUUUCUAAGUAA